UCUAUUAUUCUCCCUCCUCAGGCCAUCCUUUUUAAGUAGCCUUUGAUUUUGGGGGGAACUCUGUCAGAAUAACGUUGAACGUUUAGGAUUGCCCAGGGUUCGUAUGUUGUUUAAUGAGUAGCCACGUGAAAGGUAAAUCAUGACCGAACAACAAGCGUGCGUGGCGACUUUCAAGCUGGUGUUGGUUGGAGAUGGAGGCACUGGGAAAACAACUUUUGUGAAGAGGCACAUCACAGGAGAGUUUGAGAAGAAAUAUGUUGCUACCCUUGGUGUAGAGGUGCACCCGCUGGUUUUUCACACUAACAGAGGAGCUGUAAGGUACAACGUGUGGGACACAGCUGGACAGGAAAAGUUUGGAGGGCUGAGAGAUGGCUACUACAUUCAAGCCCAGUGUGCUAUCAUCAUGUUUGAUGUCACCUCAAGAGUCACCUAUAAGAACGUACCCAACUGGCAUCGUGACCUGGUCCGUGUCUGUGAGAACAUUCCCAUUGUCCUUUGCGGAAACAAAGUGGACAUCAAAGACAGAAAAGUCAAAGCGAAGAGCAUUGUGUUUCACCGCAAGAAGAAUCUGCAGUACUAUGACAUUUCUGCCAAGAGUAACUACAACUUUGAGAAGCCCUUCCUGUGGCUAGCAAGGAAGCUGGUCGGUGAUCCUAAUUUGGAGUUUGUGGCCAUGCCCGCCCUUGCUCCCCCAGAGGUCCAAAUGGACCCAGUCCUUGCUGCAAGAUACGAGGAAGAGCUUCAAGUUGCAUCACAAACGGCACUCCCUGAUGAAGAAGAUGACCUCUAACCUGUUACCCUACUAUGUCCCUCUAUCCCCCCUUAACCGUGGACAGGAAGUUGUUGGAAUUUGCCCCCCUUACUGUAAAAUCCCUUUUCAGAUUUUUUAUUUUUGAAUUUUUUUUUGUUUUUGUUUUUGUUUUUGUUUUAAAACUAAGAAAAAGAACUUGGUGAAAAAGUUGUUGUUCUAAUUUCACUGUUUAAGACACACCCAUCCUAGUGUUGUCAAAGGCAUGGCAACGUGCUACUCUUCAUCGUCGAGCAACCACCACUGCACUUACCCAGCUCACAUAAUGCUGUUGUACGGUGUACUGGAAGCACUAAGUGAAGAAAACUUUGAAUAAAAACAUUCUCAAAUUAA